GUGAGGGCUGGGGGCCCUCAGACCCACCUCGUGGUUUGAGGCAAGCUCCAGAUUCCCACCUCUCUGCCUUAGCGUGGGGAGCUUGAUACAGUUCAGGUUCAGAUCUCUAUUCUCACUCACAUCUCGGAGACAGCGGGUUUCUUGACCAAUGGAGCAGGGAAACUGAGUCAUGGCCUGUGCCCAUUUUUCUUUCCUGGGGUCGCCUUAAUAGCAUAGGGUGUGAUCCUUGGCCUGCACAUCUCUGCUCCCUUGCAACUGCCCCUCCCAAUCCACUUCUCACAUUCUCAUGGUUGUGAUUCAGACAACUGCUUCUGGCAUCAGAGGAUCUGGGAGGAGGAAUGUAGUGCAGUCAAAAGAGGUUUUGUUGGGUUUUUUUUCCAUUGAGUCCAGCUUACACCAAUCCAUUCAAGGCCACUGAGAAUCCCCCUUCCUGUUGCUCUAUCCUCUGAGGAACACAGUAGAGAUGACUGCACCAGCCCCAGCACAGCGCUGGGAGGCCUUUGAGGACGUGGCGCUGUACUUCACUCAGAAGGAGUGGGAGCUGCUGAGAGAUGGAGACAAGGUGCUUUACCAGGAGCAGAUGCUGAGGAAUUACCAAGCCCUUGUUUCCUUGGGAUAUCAGGGACCCACACCGGACUUGAUCUGUCGCAUCCAGCGAGGGGACAUGGAACUCUGGGUCUGUGAUGAUGAGGAUCCCAAAGAAAGCAUGUGGUCUGAGGGCCUGUCCUCAGGUGCCUGGAUGCCCUCAGAAGACUGCCGUUCAUCUCUGCUUGAAGAGCCCAUGGGUCUGGAGCUGCUUCCAGCCAGAUGCCAGCUCCCUGCACUACAGGAACAGAAACCCACUGAGCCUCAAAAGAGCCCUAUGUGCACAGAAAAAUUCAAGGUGCAAGGAGAAGCGAGGAGCCACAAGGCCAGGGAUCACAGUGGGAAGGUGUGGUAUAUAUAUAGGAUAUACAUGCUGUAUACAUGCGGGGAGUGCAGGGAAAGCUUCUGGGGCCAGGAGGUGCUCCAGGCACAUAAGGGAACCCACAGAAGGGAGGCAGCCCACCCCUGCUCUGACUGCAGCAAGAGCUUCCAGUAUAAAUCCUGCCUCCUCACCCACCAGAAGACGCAUUCUGGGGAGCGCCCCCACCCCUGCCUGGUGUGUGGGAAGAGCUUCCGAGAUAAAUCCUAUCUCCUCAUCCAUCAGCGAACACACUCUGGGGAGCGCCCCUACCCCUGUCAUGACUGCACCAAGAGCUUUGCCUGCCCAUCCCAGCUCCGCGUCCACCAGCGCCUCCACACUGGGGAGGAGCCAUACCAUUGUCCUCACUGUAGAAAGACUUUCAGGCACAGCUCAGCUCUCAGUCAGCACCAGCGCAUCCAUAGUGGGGAGAAGCCACAUCACUGUGCCCGGUGUGGAAAGAGCUUCCGGCACCGCCAUGCUCUCACUCAGCACCAACAUGUGCAUUCUGGAGAGAAGCCACACCGCUGCCCGGACUGUGAGAAGAGCUUCCAAUAUCCCUCCAAGCUCCGCGUCCACUGGCGCCUUCACACAGGAGAGAAGCCAUACCAGUGCACUGUGUGUGAGAAGCGCUUCAACAGCAUCUCUGACCUCCAUGUUCAUGAACGCGUGCACACAGGAGAGAAGCCUGACCGCUGCCCGGACUGUGGGAAGAGCUUUUCCCGUUUGUCCCACCUCAGAGGGCACCAGAGCAUUCACACAGGGGAGAAACCACAUGGCUGUGGUGAUUGUGCAAAGAGCUUCGAUAGCCUGUCCAAGCUCCGAGCCCACCAGCGCAUGCACGCUGGGGAGAAGCCGUACUGUUGUCUGGAGUGUGGAAAGUCCUUCAGGUCUAGCUCUAAUCUUGCUCAUCACCAGCGAAUCCACAGACGAAAUCCUCACACCUGACACUAGUCAGUUCCUGCCAGUUCUCCCAUCACCCUCUGCUCCACACAGGGUCUGGAGUGCCCUUGCCUCCCUAUUCAGAGAAAUGGAGAAGUAGGGCUGGAAGGAACUUCUACAGGUUACAUCUAGUCCAACCCCCUGCCUGAGGCAGGAUUAUCCCUAUCCAAACCAUCCCAUAAAUACCAUAAUGUAAACUCUACAUAAGACAGCUGUCAACCCUGACACAACACAAGACAUGACACCUGAACCUGCUGCAGAUAAAGCAGGGGAACCACAGGUGCCAAGGUCCUGCUUCUGUGACGUGCUGUCAAUAUAUGCUCUAGAGAUCUCAGGUAGAGGUUGCACCCCCGCUACUGAGAAAGGCAGCCUGCCCGCCCGCAGUCUGUAGCAGUCUGCCAUGGGAUAAAAUUAUUUAUUGACCCCAACUAGCAUCAGUCUGACCAUGAGCAGAAGGGUUAGACCCUCUAGCCAGGAACCUCCAGCUUUGGUCCAGGUAGGGGCAUUGGCACACCCAAGACAAAAUUCCUAGUCUUAACUAUAGCCAACACCCAGUGCCUCUGAAGGAACUUUAAAAAUAUCCUGUCAUGUGUAACAGAUGGAGUUUGGGGGGUAAAGCCUGAGAAAUCCCCAUGGUAGAUCAUUCCAGACCAGUAGCUGUCCAGCCUCUUCUUGAACACUGCCAGUGAUAGAAAGUCUACAACUUCUGUAGGCAUCUAUUCUACUGCCUUGUUCUAAAAGUGAAGAAUUUUUUUCCUGAUACCUAAAGAAGCUCUUCCUGAUAUCCUGGUGUUCUUGAUAUUCACUAUGCCCUUGGUUUGAAUGGCCCUGGAGAUGGGAAGCAAGGGAGUCAUAGGGGAGAAGAGACUUGGGGUGCUGUACUGGGGAGUGCAAGCCAUGGAGGGAGCCAUGAGUAAUGAGGAGAAAGGGCUCAGCAGCAACAGCCUAACCAUUCUGAAGGGUAGUGAGGGCAGUGAGUCAGGAUUUGUCACUCUAGUGGCAUGUGGACAGCUGCCCUGAGAACCCCCAACAAGUUCCCAGUGCAAACCAGCCUGUUCACAGGGAGAUGCUGACAUUAGCCAGGCACUGAGCUCUCUUGAACUCACUGAGGGAGCUACACGAGCUUGAGCCCUUCAUACUUAAAUAGAGAUGCCAGAGCCAUCAGCACCUGAACCAUGACAUGCCCCACCCCAGGAGGCAGUGACAGUAACACGAGACCCCCUGAGCAUCCAGCUCCUGAACCCCAAUAGAGAAAUGUCUCUUCCUCCCCACCCCCCCCAGGCCAAUUUCCUUUGAGGAUACAAAUCUUACAGUGGGCCACAGUUCCCCUUUAUCUCACCUCUUUGGGCUUGGUUAUACCUGGCCCUGACAGUUCCACCUGGAAGUUCACUAGGAGAGUCCGCAUGUGGGGACAGCAGGUAGCCAACAGAAACUGUGGGCAUCAGGCUCCGUACACACAGCCUAAAGCUUCCAUUCCCCAACCUGCAGAGCAGCAGACACUGGCUCUGAUUAGAAACCAGUCAGGAUCUCAUCCUGGUGAGAUCCACCAGUCUUUCAGUGCCCUCCUCUGUCAAAAAGGUCCCACACCAGCCACUGUUACUGUGCCAUAGAGCACCAAGCAGCAGUGGGGACCUAGGGCAGGGCAUUGUGUGAAUUAAUCCUGUUCCAAACAAUGCAGCACCCAGUGCAGGGAAGCAAGAAGUCAUCUUUUGCUCUGUGGACUGGGGCUUGGAGGGAGCUGGGUUGAGUGUUGGGGAUCUCCUUGCAGUGCACGUGGUUCUAGUGUUCAAGCCAUGAUUAUGAGUGAUUCAAGGAGAGUGAAUGCAGAAAGAGAAGGCUCUGGAUAUAAACUAGAGAGAGCUGCCCAGGCCUUCAGGUGGUAUGUUACACCCAGGAUGUCCUUGGGGCCUUUUAUCCAGAGAAGGACAAGAGAAGCCAAAGCAAGUUCCUUUGAUCUAGAGACUGUUUUAUUGGGGUGUUAUCACUCGGGCACCAUGACCCAGAGCAGCUACAUGACAGCAGAGGAUACAGAUACACUCACUGCUGGGUGGUGAGGUUGCAGCCCUCAGGAUCCGUCUUUGUAGUCUGAGGCAAGUUCCACCCCUCUGCCCCGGUGUGGAGGAGUUUGAUACAGUUCAGGUUCAGAUCUCUAUCUUCCCAUCCUUUUCUUUGAGAGAAUGAUCUCUUGGCCAGUGGAGCAGGGACAGUCAUGGCCUGUGACCAUUGUUCUUUCCUAGGAUUGCCUUAUUAAUGUGGGGUGUGAUCCCUGACCUGUGCAUCUCAACUCCCCUGAAACUGUCCCUCACCAUCCCCUUUUCUCACAUGCCUAUGGCUGUGAUUCAGGAUUCAGCCUGAACAGCUUCUGGGAUCAAAAGAUCUGGAAGGAGGAAGGUAGUGAAACACCUAGCACAGCCAAAAGGGCUGAGGGGUGUUCAUGACUCCCCAACAGCUGCAGAAAACAAAGGGCUCACUCAUGUCUUCAACUGACAAACAUUGGACCAUGUCCUGAUUGAACUGAAAGGUGGGAUUGCUUUGAGCCUGGGGAUAGGACACUGGUGCUGACUGUUCUCUGCUUCUUCAGUGCUAUUAACAAAUGGGUCAAGUGCAGGGGGACUGGAGGGUGAGUUUGUUCCUGUUGAGGAGGGAGCUGCUGUCAACUUUGAGACCACUGAGCACUUGGGAAACGUGCAAAAAAAGCUGUUAAAUUGCUGAGGCAGAGGGAAGGGUGACCGGAUGGAGAGCACCUGAAUUGACGGGGGCUGGAGCAAGGAGUAAAAUCCCAUGCAACCAGUGCCUUACUCUGGGCAGCCACUGGAGGAUACUGCUGCUCCUGGGGGCAGCAAUUGCCCCCUCUGCAUUGCCCAAAUUGCCCACUGGGUGUCACUACUGACCCAUACAAGGGGGAAAACCUGUGCACCCUAGUGGGAGUGGUGGAAUCAUUAAGGAAAGCAUUUGCUAAAUGACUUGCAAUAAAACACUCAAGUAAAAUGGCAGAA